ACUUUGCGACCUUUACGACCGUGCAGUCAAUGGCGUACGGAUCGGAAUACGGCAGUGAGAAGAAGAUGGCGGAGGGAGGUAAUGAUGCAGAGCUGCUGAAGGAGAAGGCGAAUAAGUACUUUAAAGAAAAAGACUAUGAAAAUGCAAUCAAGUACUACUCGGAGGCUUUGGAGGUCAAUCCAACCAAUGCCGUCUACUACAGCAACCGCAGCCUGGCAUACCUGCGCACAGAGUGCUACGGGUAUGCCCUGGCUGAUGCCACUAAGGCCCUGGAGAUAGACAAAAACUACAUCAAGGGGUAUUACCGCCGCGCCACUUCCAACAUGGCACUGGGGAAGUUCAAGGCUGCACUUAAGGACUAUGAUACGGUAGUGAAAGUUCGACCAAAUGACAAGGAUGCAAAAAUGAAGUAUCAGGAAUGUAACAAGAUUGUAAAACAGAAGGCUUUUGAGAGAGCCAUUGCCAGCGAUGAGAUCAAAAAAUCUGUUGUGGACUCUCUGGACAUCGAAAGCAUGACCAUUGAGGAUGACUAUGACGGCCCCAAACUUGAGGAUGGGAAGGUCACAGAGACGUUCAUGAAGGACAUGAUGGAUUGGUUCAAAGACCAGAAGAAGCUGCACAGAAAGUGUGCUUAUCAGAUUUUGGUGCAAGUUAAAGAUCUUCUAUCAAAACUACCAAGUCUUGUCGAAAUCACGUUAAAAGAGACAGAGAAGAUAACAAUUUGUGGAGACACCCAUGGACAAUACUACGAUCUUCUCAACAUCUUCAAGUUGAACGGCUUACCCUCAGAGACCAACCCCUAUCUAUUCAACGGCGACUUUGUAGAUCGUGGCUCUUUCUCCCUCGAGGUCAUCCUUACCCUCUUUGGCUUCAAGCUGCUCCACCCCGACAACUUCUUCUUGCUUCGGGGUAACCACGAGACGGACAACAUGAACCAGAUGUAUGGAUUUGAAGGGGAGGUCAAAGCCAAGUACACAGCCCAGAUGUUCCAGCUGUUCAGCGAGGUGUUCCAGUGGCUGCCUCUGGCACAGUGUAUCAACAGCAAAGUCUUGGUAAUGCAUGGUGGACUGUUCAGUGAAGAUGGUGUGACACUGGAAGACCUCAGGAAGGUUGAAAGGAACAGACAGCCCCCAGACUCAGGUCCCAUGUGUGACCUCCUCUGGUCGGAUCCUCAGCCUCAGAAUGGCCGGUCAGUCAGCAAGCGAGGAGUGAGCUGUCAGUUCGGGCCGGAUGUGACGGAGCGUUUCCUUGAACAGAAUAAGCUGGACUUCAUCGUGCGAAGUCACGAGGUCAAAACUGAGGGCUACGAGGUCACUCACUCAGGGAAGUGCAUCACCGUGUUCUCGGCACCCAACUACUGUGAUCAGAUGGGAAACAAAGGAGCAUACAUCCACCUCAGGGGAUCAGAUCUCAAGCCAGAAUUUCACCAGUUCACUGCUGUUCCUCAUCCGAAUGUCAAGCCCAUGGCGUAUGCUAACUCGCUAAUGCAGAUGGGGAUGAUGUAGAGGCCGUGCUAACCUGUCUGUGACACUGAAGACCUCCCAUCUGACCUGAACCAUCCCAGCCACCACUCUACACUCCCUAAAGUGCUCGGACAUGCUCAUGAUUAGCCCUACGGGAUCCCUCUCCCCACCGACAAACUUCAGUUAGUUGUGUAUAGAAAAUAAUGUGGCGUAGUUCAGAUGGAAGAGAUCACUCACACCAGUCCAGAACUGGCUCUGUUCCUUCAUGUUAUCAGUUAAAACUGGAAAAAAUCUCCACCUCGGUUGUUCAUUCGCUCAUGUGUUCCAUCACCUGGUAAGAACCUUUCAGAUGAGUCUCCUUGGAGCUGCUUGGUUUAAAAAAAAUAUUCGAUACACUCAGCAGAUGGGAUCAAAAAGCUGAUAUGUACCAAAGAUCUGUAAUGAAAUUGAUUGUUCAGUUUUUACAAGGACUGUGUCUCGUGACUCUGAAAACUAGCAUUGUGCUUUUGGCCUGUGUACACAGCUCAGAGGAUUGUUAACUGGGUUAAGAGCAGCAUGUCUAUUAGUGUUUCUCUAACUACCCUACAGUGUCGCUUCAAGUUUUAUUUCACAGUUUCAAAUACAAAAGUAAUUAGAUGUUUGACCCCAGUUCAAAUAGUUUGAUUGUCUCUGGGUACACUCUUAAAGGUGAUGUCUGCCAUUAGUAGUGUAUUUAGUUGGUUCGGUCGUGUAGCUGGUAACAUUUAAUUUGCACUGCUUCCUGUUGAGGAAGAUAUUGCUGCUCUCCAUGUGUUCAUCCCCCACCAUCAUUGUGCCACUCACACAAGCUCCCGCACAGUCUACUCUCUAAACCAGCUUCGGUGUAAGGCAAACACUGAUGGCACUCUAAGUCUCCCGUACUCGUUUAACUCCUGGUUACCCAUGUGUGGAUUUACACAAACGUCCAAAAUGCAAUCCUGUCUUGAAACGCACAGCUGCAUUGUCUAAUGGCCCUCAACUUUUUAGAUAAAGAAGUACACUGAUGUGUAUGUAUAUAUACUGUAUCAUUUAAAGAUUCCGUGUAAUGUUUGGAAAAAAGUAUUGAAUAAAAAAAUCCAGUCCAGUGAUUUUAGAAAUAA